AUGAUAUUGCGUAUUCGUUACCCGGUAUCUGGUGAAGAGAACGACGUCCGUUUAGCUGUCACGUUGCCGGCGCUCACGCGGAUCUCCACUUCGCCGUCCGGUAGCACGUCGGCGGACACGGUGUCCGCGAAGGUGCCAGACAUCAACGACACGGCCGCCACGGUGGCGACCACGACGGCGACUGCGACUGCGACGGGUCUGCGGCUCAUGCCAUCCGGUUGCGCGGCGGACGCGGACACUGCGGCUCCGAAACGGCCGGCCAACGGUGGCACGAGCGGAUCUUCUCGAGGAAGCGAAAAGGGGGCCACCGCGACGAAACCCGGAAGCGUGACGCGAUAA